CUCUGAGCGAGAAGGCGGACUGGUAGGGACUCAGAGGGAGAAAACCUGCGAGCCAACAGCUGACUGUUUCUCCUGUCGACCUUUCCGAGGUAGAAGGAAGGAGCAGCUCAAAGUUUGGAGCAGGAGGAGUCGCAGAGUGAGGCACUUUCUAAACGUGGAGGUGUGGAACUUGAACGCAUCAUGGGGUGAAGGAUGCAGAGCGUCGUGAUUAAACUCACAGUGUAACUAUGGUGAAAGAGAAUCUGCCCAGCUGGGUCCACCAGGACUCAGAUGAAGGUCUGGUCCAUGUGAAUGUUGGAGGUCUGAAGAGGAGCCUCUGUUCCAGCACACUGAAGAAAUUCCCAGACACCAGGCUGGGAAAACUGCUGGCAUGUGAUUCAGAGGAAGAUAUACUGCAGGUGUGUGAUGACUACGACGUGCAGCAGAAGGAGUUUUAUUUUGACAGGAAUCCUGGCCUGUUCCCUUACGUCCUCCACUUUUAUCAGACUGGCAAACUUCACAUCAUGGAGGAGCUGUGUGUCUUCUCCUUCAGUCAGGAGAUUGAGUAUUGGGGCAUCAAUGAGUUCUUCCUGGACAGUUGCUGUAGUUACCGUUACCACGACCGCAAGCUGGAGAGCAGCCGGCAUUGCAGCUGGGACGAUGAGAGCGACGUCAGCAGCAUAGACACAUCUGUGGACGAGAUAUCAGACUUAAACAGGGACAUGCAGCAUUUCCAGGAGGUGCGCUAUGGGAACAUCAGGAAGUGUUUGUGGCUGACGCUGGAGAACCCAGGAUACUCCAUCCCCAGCAAGCUCUUCAGUCUGCUCUCCAUCGGAGUGGUGCUCACGUCCAUCGCCACCAUGUGUAUUAACAGCAUCCCAGAGUACCAGACUUUUGACUCGGAUGGAAAGCUGAUUGAGGACGAGACCAUGCAGGCCCUGGAGGUGUUCUGCACCUGCUGGUUCACCUUCGAGGUGGUGACGCGGCUGCUGCUCGCACCCAACAGGAGGAAGUUCUUUCACCACCCUCUGAACAUCAUCGACAUGGUGUCUGUGGUUCCCAUCUACAUCACCCUGAUCUUCGACAUGAUGGUGGGAUCUGAGUCUGAGCUGGGAGACCUGGGACGGCUCAUACAGGUGUUCAGGUUAACGAGGAUCUUCAGGGUGUUGAAGUUGGCCCGACACUCGACAGGCCUGCGGUCUCUGGGGGCGACACUUCGGCACAGUUACCGUGAGGUCGGCAUCCUGCUGCUCUACCUGGCCGUCGGAGUGUCCGUCUUCUCUGGCAUCGCUUACACUGCUGAAUAUGAAGAGGACGUGGGUCUGGACACCAUCCCGGCCUGCUGGUGGUGGGGGACGGUGAGCAUGACCACGGUGGGUUACGGGGACGUGGUGCCCGUCACGGUGGCCGGGAAGUUGGCGGCCAGCGGCUGCAUCCUGGGCGGCACCUUGGUGGUGGCGCUGCCCAUCACCAUCAUCUUCAACAAGUUCUCCCACUUCUACCGGCGACAGAAAGCUCUGGAGGCGUCGGUGAGGAACAACAACUGCAGGAAGAUCAGGAUGAGCUGUGAGAAUGAGCCGGAGGAGGAAGAGGAGGACGAGGAGGAGGGAUCAGACGGGGACAGUUGCUGUCUGGACAAUGAUGACAUCGAUGAAAGCGAGGAGGACGACAUAGAUUUUGAGGAUGAAGGAGGUGUAAUAAACUACAGCUAUGUGGAGCAUCCGUCCUACACGUCGAUACUGAGGAAGAAGGAGCUGAACCGGCUGUGAAGACGAGUCAAACCUCUGAGCUGCUACAGGCUCCAUUAUCACUGGAGAUUAAACCAUUUCAGAUUCAGGUUUUGCAAACAAAUGAAGUCAUCUCUGACUUUCAUUCAUAUUUGGUCUUGAAUCUGACUUUUAUCUGAACCAGAGCUGCUCAAAAUAUAGUGUGAGGUGUAGGCUUUAUGUGUGAGCUCGAUGACCGACCACUUUCUUUAACAGAACAAACCUGGAGGAGAAUAAAGGCAGAGGACCACAGUUUGAUGAGAAUUCAGAUAGAUACUUCCAAAAUGAUCAAAGCUAGAGGGGCCAUGUUGUACUUGACUAAUGUCUGACAUCAAACUGGGGCUUGGCCCAUCAUCUUUGGGCUUCCAUGAUGAUUAAUAUGUGCAUGUUGACUGUUUUAGGAGUGAAGUUUAUUCAAUCUGAUGUUGGAUUUGUUGUUUAAAAAACUCAAAGUGAAUGUUAAGACCUGCAGAAGGACUGAAGUGAAGUGAAAUAGCAUCCACACGUGUGAAAUGAAGUGAAUAAAAACUAUGACAAAGCACUG